AUGGGUCGCGUGCUGAAGCGCUUCCUGAAGGAGCACGCCGCCUAUGCGGCGGCCGGCGUGGCCGCCACGGCGCGCGGCAUCGGCGAGGCUGCUAGCGGGGAGGAAUCCGAGGACCAAUCUUUCUACGUCGCGAUGGCGUUGCUGUUCGCCCUUGCAUUCAUCGGCGGGUUCUUGCCGAUGAUUCUCCAGAAGAACGACGCGAUUCUGUGCGUCGGCGAUUGCUUCUCGGGCGGCCUGCUUGUCGGCGCUGCCCUCAUGCACAUGUUGCCCGAGUCGGCCGAGCUGAACGAGAUGCUCGCCGGCGAGGAAGAGGAGGAAGAUGAGGACAUGGACGCGCACGGCCGCGCGCUGCACGGCGAAGGGGAAGAAGAGACCUACCCGUGGUCGUUCCUGCUCUGUUCCGUGGCACUCAUCAGCCUCAUGGCGAUCGAGACGGCGGCCUCUGGCACUUGCUGCUCGACUGCCGACAAAGAGCCCGCCAAAAGCCACGUCCCGCACCACCACAGCCUGGGAGGGCUGGAGACCACGGGCAAGGGUGGCAAAUCCGGCGCGGUUGCUGCCAUCGCAGCCUUCACCGCCUUCAUAAUCCACUGCGUCCUGGAGGGCCUCGCCCUCGGGGUUGUUGGCGACGACAUCAUGGUCAUGUUCGUUGCAGUCGGCGCACACAAGGGCUUUGCUGCCUUUGCACUUGGGGCGGCCGCGGCGCUGUGCAUGUUUUGCUUCUCCAUCGCCACGCCGAUCGGCAUGCUCAUCGGACACACCGCGGCCACCGCCGAGGGGGCAGAGAGCCCGUUGCCGCUCGCCUUCAACGCGCUGGCGGCGGGCACCUUCCUCCAGAUGGGCGCGGUAGAGGUGUUGGGCAGCGAGAUGAUGGAAGGCCAUGGCACGUGCCCCGGCAUUGUCAAGUACCUCUUCGCGAUGAUGGGGUUUGCCGUCAUGGCGGUCCUCGCCCUCUACUGCUAG